AUGGCCUCGCGCGCGUUCCGCCAGGCCCACAGCCGGCCGAAUGCCGCUCCCGUGCAGGACGAGGAGGCCGCAGCCGCGUCCGCCGCCGCCAAGCUCAAGCAGAACGAGCGCGAGCGCCUGGAGAUCGAGCGUCUGGAGGCGCGCAUCGCCGAGCAGACGCCGGCGCGCGGCUCGCAGCUCGGCGAGGCCGCCAGCUUCGACUUGUUCCCGCUGUCAGAGGCCUCGCGCCGCGGACUGCGCACCUGUGGCUUCACGGCGCCCACCAAGAUCCAAGUGGGCGCGCUGCCGCACGCGCUGGCGGGGCGUGACGUGCUCGCAGCGGCCAAGACCGGCUCUGGUAAGACGCUGGCCUUCCUGCUGCCGGUGCUGGAGAAGCUCUUCCGCCUCCGCUGGAGCGUGGAGGACGGACUCGGAGCGCUCGUGAUCUCGCCCACGCGCGAGCUGGCGCUGCAGAUCUUCGAGGUGCUGCGCAACGUCGGCAAGGCGCACGCGUUCUCUGCCGGUCUGGUCAUUGGCGGCAAGAACUUCCGUGAGGAGCAGAUCCGCCUUAUUCGCAUGAACCUGCUCAUCUGUACGCCCGGCCGACUGCUGCAGCACAUGGAGCAGACGCCGGCCUUCGACGCCAGCAACCUGCAGGUGCUGGUGCUGGACGAAGCUGACAGGAUUCUGGACCUGGGUUUCCAGAAGCAGUUGACGAGCAUCCUGGAGCACCUGCCGCCCGCUGGAGAGCGCCAGACGAUGCUGUUCUCGGCCACGCAGACCAAGUCCGUGAAGGAUCUGGCCGCGCUCAGUCUGCGCGAGCCCGAGUACGUGGCUGUCCACGAGCACUCGGCGAACGCGACGCCCAAGGGACUAUCGCAGAGCUACGUGGUGACGCCGCUGGAGCGGAAGCUGGACGUGCUGCUGUCAUUCAUCAAGUCGCACCUGAAGCAGAAGACGAUCGUGUUUUUGUCCACGUGCCGUCAAGUGCGCUUCGUGCACAGCGUCUUCUGUAAGCUGCAGCCGGGUAUCCCGCUUUGCGCGCUGCACGGCAAGUACAAGCAGGGUAAGCGUGUCGAGGUGUACUACGAGUUCCUGAACAAACCCGCCGCGGUCCUGUUCGCUACGGAUAUUGCGGCGCGUGGUCUGGAUUUCCCUCAGGUCGACUGGGUGUUGCAGCUGGACUGCCCCGAAGACUCGGCUAACUACAUUCACCGUGUGGGUCGUACGGCUCGUUACAACAAGCAGGGUAAGGCCCUCAUGUGCCUUGUCCCGUCGGAGGUGGAUGGUAUGAUGAAGCGUCUCGAGGAUGCCAAGGUGCCGAUCCGCGAGACGAAGCUGAACCCCGCCAAGACUACGAGCUGCCGCCAGAAGGUGGCGUCCGUCGUGGCUAGCGACAAGGAGAUCAAGUCGCUGGCACAGAAGGCUUUCAUGUCGUACGUGCGUUCGGUGUACCUGCAGCCGGAUCGCGAGGUGUUCGACGCUACCGCUCUGCCUCUGGAUGCGUACGCCGAAUCUCUUGGACUCCCUGGUGCCCCGCGCAUGCCCUUCUUGUCAAAGAUGAAGGCUGAGCACGAGAAUGGAGGCAACGAGGCUCUGCGUGAGGAGCUUCGUGGCAAGAAGAACGAGGAGGCGAAGAAGAAGCUGGAGAAGAAGCAGGAGGAGGAAUCCGAAGAGGAGGAAGAGGAGGAGGAAGACUCGCUCAUGGUUGUCAAGCGUGUGCACAACUGGGACGAAGACGAGGAGCUCGACCUGGACGCGCUUGGCCCCAGCAAGAAGAAGCAAAAGAAGCUGCGCGUGGACCGCGAGGCCAUCAACGCUUCCAAGGUCGUGUUCGACGAGGAGGGCAACAGUACCAAGAUGGCGGACCGCCUCGCGGCUCGCAACACCGGCGACAGCGAGUUCGCCGACGUGGAGAAGCACGCCAAGAGCUACACGGAGCAGGUGGCCGCUCGUCUCGCCGCCAAGGACGAGGAGGACCGUCGUCUCGAGAAGGAGCGUGUGCGUGCCAAGCACCACAAGAAGCGCAUGAAGAUCAAGGGCGAGCGCGACGACGAAAGCGACGACGAAGGCGCGCGCCUUGUGGUCGGCUCCGACGACGACGAGGACAUGAGCGGCAGUGGCAGCGAGAGCGGCAGCGACGACGAGGAGGAGGAGGCCAGCAGCAGCGAAGACGAAGAGGACGACGUGAGUGACAAGAAGAGGAAGGUCGAUCGCAACGCCGUGGCCAGCCAGGAAGAGAUGGCCUUGCGCAUGCUGCAGCGCCGGUAG